AUGUCAAAGAGCAAGAAAGAGAAUCCAUUCUCUUUCUUUAACUUUGGUAAUAAUGAUGGUGGUAGUGCAGGAGGAGUGCCACCACCACCAACAUCAAAUGCACAACCAAUAUCUUCAUCUCCAUCAGAGACUGUUUCAUCGUUACCUGUAUUUACUCCUCCUUCAACUAAACCAACCUCUGCCUCCUCCUCCUCCUCCUCCUCUACAUCCAAUAGAUCAUCGUCAAAGAAACAAGCAGUAAAACUAUUUGAUAGUGAAGAUGAUGACGAUGACGACGAUGAUGAUGACGAUGAUGACGAUGAUGACGAUGAAGUAGUAGUGGACAAGAGUAAACUCCCUGUAAUGUCACAACCAAAACCAAUUGUAAAUAGUAAUAAUAACAACAAAACCAACUUAAAAUCAAGUAAUAAUAGCGUAUCAACUCCAACUCCAACACCACCACCAACUACAACAAGUGUUGUAGGUUCGAUUAAUAGUAAUAGUGUUGGAAGUAGUAGUAUUAUAGGAACUGCUGCUGCUUCACAACAAAAAUUAAAUCCUUCAAGAUUAGGUAAAUUAUUUGGAGGUAAUCAAAUGGAAAAUGACGAUCUGGUUGGUGAUGAGGAUAGUUUAGCUCCUCCAAUAUUGGCUGCUGCUGCUACUUCUGCUGCUGCUGCCAACUCACCAUCAUCAAAUGGUAUGCUAUUACCAACUAGUUUGAAGCAACCACCUGCAACACCCCAACCUUCUGCUGCCGCCACUGUUUCUGUUACAUCUCCUCCACCUCCAAUAGUUACUCCUUCUACCACUACACAACCAAUACCUCCACCACCUCCACCAACUACUUCACCGGUUGUAGAGAUAGAUGUAGAUAGUAGUAUAAUAGAAUCAAUGAAACAACAAAUCGAUAAACUUUUACAAGAGAAUAACCAAUACAAAACAUAUAUUAAACAAUUAAAGGUGAAAUGCAAGCGGACAGACAAUGAAAAAGAGGUGUUGGAGCAACGAGUACAACAAGCAGAACGACGUCUAGAAGAAUUCAAAAUCAAAGAAACCAAUGAAACCAAGAUAAUGGAAGAUAUGAUUGCCAACGUAGAGGAGAAUCUCUUGGCAUCCAAGAAACGUGCACAAAACGCCGAGCAGCAAGUCGAACAGCUGCGAUACGAAUUGUCAUCGUACCAAGCAACUGGAGGCUCCCACGAAACAAACGAAUUGAAAAAUAGACUGGCAGAUGCCAAAGAAAAGGGACGUAUGGUACAACAUCUUCUCCAACAAGCUGCUAGUGAUGCCGACAAUAACAUCAAAAAUCUAUUAAGAGGUGUUGAAACAUUACAAAAUGUUUCCAUGAUCCUAACUUCAAUAGAUAAAGUUUCAACAAUGAAUAAUAAUAAUAAUAAUAAAUAA